UGAAAUGCCUACAUUUGGUAUGUUGUGGUUUCGGUGAGCCACUUAACCAAUGUACGCAGGAUAAAAAUCGCUGUUACCGAAACUGCUGCCUAAGUUCUGAAAUUUCCUAAAUCAUAACUGCGAUCAAAUGACUUUGGAUACGUGGACAUGAACGAGACCAUUGGGUCAUAUGAAUCAAAAAAUACGCAAUCUAUCGGUGAACUUUUUCUGUAUUUUCUAGAAUAUUAUAGUUGUUUCGAUUACGCUCAGUUUGCAAUCUCAAUUCGUACUGGUGGUAUCCUGCCAAUUAAUGUCUGUCGUCUAGCGAAGUCGUCGAAAAAUGAUAUCCACCAAUGGAAGGAGCUCUGUAUUGAAGAACCUUUUGAUUUAACAAAUACAGCGAGGUCGGUGUAUGAUUUCGAAACUUUUGAACGUGUCAAAGCAGUAUUUAUGGCUUCGUGGCGAAUGCUGCAACAAACACUUGAUCUAAACGCUGUUUUUGCACCAAUCAUCUUACCAGCACUUCAUCAUAUUGUUUCUCCAUUGAGUCACACUGUCCUACAAUAUGAAGAUUCCAAUGUUAGCACGGCAUCGGAGAUUUCAACAAGAGAAAACACUACACAUGGUUCAGAUCAAAAUAGCGGUACAAAUCCAUCUCCGACUGUUACACUGCUUGCUUUAACAAAUGAAUCGAAUAAGCAUGCUUCUAAAGAAAUUAACAACAACAACAACAGAAAUAGUAACACUGUUGGUGGAUCACGGACUGAGCUGGUUUCUUGAGUUUAAAAAAGGUACAUCAACCAAUGAACCAUUUGAUGGAUAUUCGCAUAACGUCCGCUUGUAUGUAAGUUUAAAUAUCGAGAA